GCGUCAUCGAAGGAAACCUAUUGUUUGUGUGGUCAACCAUAUAAUAUUGGACAAUUUAUGAUAGAAUGUGACUGCUGUCGUGAGUGGUUUCACGGAAGCUGUGUGGACGUUAAGAUAUACCAGUCAGAUGAUAUAGACAAGUACCACUGUCCAAAAUGUGCACAAACCUAUGGACCGUCAGUGUUGAAAAUCCCAACAAACAAUCACCGGGCAGAUCGGUACGAGCUAGGUGCGGAGACCCGGCCCUCGCAAACUGGGUCCCCGGCGUGGGUGCGCGCGCUGGCCGCUCGGCCGCUGCGGCCUGCCCCGCCGGCGCUCGCGCGAAUGCAGCCCCGCCAGUUCACCGAGGAGUUCGUGAGGGACAAUGGUUUCACCCGGCCGAUCCUGUUCACCACAUCCGAAGGUCUGGAGAUGGAGACUCCAAACCCAGCCACCUUCAGCGCCCGGUCUGUUCUGCGGUUCUGUGGAAAGAACCAUGAGGUUGAAGUGAUAGAUGUCCGACGGCAGACAACUCUGAGGAUGCCUCUGGGCGACUUUGUGGAGUAUUUCGAAACCCCCCCAGACUUGAGGGGGGAGAGGGUACUUAACGUACUCAGUCUAGAAUUUAGUGAUACCAACAUGGCUUUGCUCGUGGAGCCGCCGGGCACGGUGCGGCGGCUGGACUGGGCGGCGCGCGCGUGGCCGGCGGGCGAGGCGCCGCCGCGGCCCGCCGUGCAGAAGUACUGCCUCAUGUCCGCCGCCGGCUCCUACACCGACUUCCACGUCGACUUCGGCGGCACCGCCGUCUGGUACCACGUCAUGCACGGCUUAAAGAUAUUCUACCUAAUACCUCCCACAUCCACAAACCUGGCGCUCUAUCAGCAAUGGAGUGCCUCUAACAAUCAGAACGAAAGAUUCUUUGGUGAUAUGGUGGAAUGGUACGGCACAGCGGAGCUAUGCGCCGGGCAGACUCUCUGCAUCCCUAGCGGCUGGAUCCACGCAGUUCUGACCCCGCAGGACUCGCUAGUGUUCGGCGGCAACAUGCUUCACUCUUACAGCAUCGAGAUGCAGCUGCAGAUAUACGAGAUAGAGAGGCGAGUGGAGACACCGAUAAUGUUCCGGUACCCAUUAUUCGAACCCAUGCAUUGGUACGCUGGCGCGCAUCUUCUAACUAUGUUACGGAGACACAAUGAGGAGACACAGGACGAAGAUUUUACCCUGCAUGAAGUGGGAGCGCGAACGCCGGCGCCCUUGCCUCCAUUGUUACUACGUGGAGUCAGAAUACUCGCCACUGCGCUUAAGGAGUGGCAUGCGCUUAAGAGCACCGACUCUGCAAAGCGGGAUAACGUACCCAAGUGCCUCAAUUCCGGACAACUAGUUCGAGAGCUGUGCAAAGAACUGCGGACUCUUGAGAAGAGAUCUGCCAGCGCAGCUAAUAAAGACAAGGACUUCAAAAUAAAGAGCCACAUAUCCCCCAACAAGGCCAUAGCGAAAAAGCCGCCAGCUCCAAAGAAAUCGCUGAAACUGACCCUGCCCAAGCCUAUUAUGCAUAUGGCGCAACCUGACGAGUUUGUCGAGGAGAAGAUAUACGCCGACAAGUUCUAUAUCGAGAAUAAGGAGGUGGUCUAUGAUAAUAGGUAUCCGCAAGGUAUAAAAUACGCCAACGGUCUCCCAGAAACGAAAUACAUGGUGGAAACCAAAGAACCCCUGCCCGAGAAAUAUACCUUCCAACAUUACGAAGAGCCUGUGUACCACGAUCCGGCUUAUGAUAGACAGGAUAAGAAGAUGAUGAAGAUCAGCAACUCCCCACCACGAGAAGAGCAACCGCCUCCCCCCUACAACCUUCCCGAGCACUCCAUACUCAAGUCCCACCUCGUCAGAACAGACAGACCGGCGCUCAAGCCUAUACACCAGUGGACCAUCUCGAAGAAGGACCUGGGGUACCAAGAGGAACAGAUAUUGUUCACUAAUGAAAACCUGCAGGCUAAUAUGAGGGUUGAGCAGGACAUCAAUUAUGGACCCGGCAUGUAUUCAGCAGAGGACAUCCAGCAAGACUACCAAUACUCAGAGGCGGCUAAACCAGGGUCGUACCAGCCUGAAUAUGGGUACCCUACAGCGGCUUAUUCAAGGCUCGAAGCUCCAAUGCAAACUGUGCAGCAAGCGGCGAGCUACGCGCCAAUGGUGCCUGAUAUGAACGGGUACCACGCGCUACCGUCGUACGAUGCUGCCAUAGCACAACAGUACCCUGCUAAUAACUAUGUGAUAGAAGAACAAAAACCUGCCCCACCAACGCCCGUGCGGCGGUCGGAGCGCCCCGUCCGGCGCCGCGUGUCGCACACGUACGAUUAUGAAGACGGCGACUUGUACAUCGACGAGACGCCCACACCCCGGCGUCGAAAACAUCGCCCCAAACCGUACAACCAACAGUCAAACUCAUAUCGAGCACCGGCCGUGGCGCCUCCUCGGCCCGCGAACGGUAUCGAAUCCCUCAUACAGGCCUCCGUCUUAGCGGAGGAAGACCCUCCAGAUCCUACCACGGAAGACGCGGCAGUAGCAGUGGCGGGCAUGCUCAGCAUAAGCGAGCGGUACGAGGCGCCGCCUCGGACGUUCGGGCUGGCUAGCGACGAACCUGAGGCACCCACGGAAAGCGCUAGCUCGCGCGGCAACAAGAGAGUGCGUAAACCAGCGCCGCGAGUCGAAGACCCCCUGGAAGAGGAAGAUGUCAUCAAAGAGGUGCAUCGAGACGAAGAAUAUGUGUAUCCAUCCUUGGAGAUGAGUUCGGACGAAGAUGAAGACUGGACGUCAUCGCGGCGGCGGCGGAACUCCAGAAACAGGGUGGAUUCUAGGUCUAAGGGUGAUAAGGACGAGUCGUGGUCGCCGCGCGCGCGGCUGGGGCGGCUGGUGCCGCGGCUGCGCGGGCCGGCGCGCGCGGGCGUGCGGCGCGAGUGCGUGCGCGCCGCCCUCCACGCCGCCGCGCACCAGCACCCGCACCCGCACCCGUCCGCGCCUGCCCAGCGGAGAGACCAGAACGCGAAACGAGCGGUGCUCGCCACAAAAAGUAGGCGGCCCCCGCCGCCGGUACACAAUACGCCAAAUAACAAGAAUUCAAGACUGAAAAAGGGUAUGAAGACAGCCAAGCAGCGCCUAGGCAAGAUCCUCAAGAUACACAAAAUGAUAUAUUAGAGUAGCUCUAGCCACGAUGUCGGCGACCGGUAUGAUGCACAAAUAUAUACAGGUCAUUUCACGAAAGCUGCCAUGGAUGGAAUGAACUAAACUUUGUAUUGAGCACUGAGUAUGCCCCCUCAGUGUAAUACUGUAGAGCGGACAAACCGGACGUAUAGCAGUUGUAGUUGUGUGCGUGCGUGAUGACACAACUCGCUGGUCGUUCGCAUGUACACAGACAUGGAAAUGAUGCGCGUGUAUUGCGCGAUAUGUGCGUCCAUCUACAAGUGUGUGGUCUCAAGAACUUGCGACGGGCGUAUUCAAUACAAAUCGCCCAUCAUGUCCGAUCUCUUCCUUCCUAUAUCUGUGGUGACACCCGUAUCGAUAUACAAUAGUAACUGUCAAGACCUACCAUUUUAUCGAUUAAUCUGUCACACACAUGCAUAUUUUCAUUCACUCGUUCGUUCCAUUCGCGCCAGCUCUUGUGAAUUGACCUGUACCGGUUUUACUUUCCAAUAUUUUCGUACAUUUUAAUGUCUAAAAUAUUACAACUUGUUUUUUUUAACCUGUUAAUUGAUAAGAACGUCAAUGAAACUUGAGCAGUUUAAUGUGGCCCUUUUGAGAAUACAGACGAAUUUAUUUAUGUAUGUUAUUCCCCCUUCUUCAUAAACGUAUACUAAAGUUAUCAGGCCGAUAAAGUUCGUUUGUCCUUUUCUAUCACACAAAUACGUCGGAAAGGGAUAAACGAACUUUAUCGGCUUGAUAACUUUAGAGUACGUUUAUGAAUCUAAAAGGGUCUGAGUCUAAAGUCUGACCAGGCUAUGUUGGUAACGAUUGUGUUAGUACCGACGGUAAACGUCAUAAUUUCUUGACAUUAAAAGUACCUAACGUUUGCACCGGCAGGGCUUUCAAAAUCGCUACCAGCUUUUUGUGCCCACAGUUAAACGGAAAUACCCCGGUUGACCUCUUUUUAUUUGUUUAUUUUGUUAGUCUGAAUGGAAUUAUACGUUACAUACGCUUUAUACGUACGAGUACGUAAUUUUUUUUUACUUUUAAUGGAAUUAAUAAGACUGGCCGGGGAUUGCAAAAAUGCAUAAUAAAAAUAUUUGAAAUGUAUAAAUUGUGAAGGUUUUUUGUUCUAUACGUAAUGAUUUCUUUGGUGUCAUGUAUGCAGGACAUAUUUUUCUAUUUUACAAUAUUUUCGAUUAGAAAGACUAUAUAAAGUUUGCGAUAGUCUCGGAUUAAAAUAUAUUUGUGCAAUAUACCAGACGGACUAUUAGGUGUAUAUUUUAUAUAAAGUAUGUAGCACGGACCAAUAUAUGUUGUGGGUGUGUGGGUUUCUGUCUGUCUAUGUGAUACCACACUGUACGGGCCGAUUUUUAUUUGGUUAUAGAAUUUAUUUUGUUAUAUUUGGGUAAAAUUUGGCUGAGUGAGUAAAAUAAUUUCGAAGGUACGUAAUUUUCAGUCAAAUAAAAAAUAUCUACAUACGGCGCUAUAUACAUAACUAUGCCAACAAUUUAUAAUGCCGUUUUGUGUUUUUCACAGACACGUACAAACGGUAAAACGCUGUACAAUACAUUUGCGAAUAUAGGUAAUUCGCAACUUAUAUCGAUUUAAUGUCCUGACUGACGACCAGGCAGGCAAUCAUGUUCGCGCGAUAAGUGAUAAAAUAGCAGGCCGUCCCUAUCGCACUAUUUGUGAGUGCGAUAGGGACGGCCUGAUAUUUUAUCGUCUAUCGCGCGACCAUGCUUCCCUUGCAGCAUGGCAAUCACGUUCGCGUGAUUAACGAUAAAACGUCAGGCCGUCCUUUUCGCUUUAUUUGUUAAUGCGUUAGGGACGGCCUGACGUUUUAUCGUUAAUUACGCAACCAUGAUUGCCUGCCAGGUAUCAAAAUUUGCCAAUUUCAAUUUAAAAUUGAAUUGGGGCUUGCGUAGAUUCUGUCUAGGACGCGGGUCGUAACUCUUUAGGAGGAAACUCUUAAUUUAUCGUCCCUAGUUUCUAAUUUCCUGUUACUAGCACUUGUUUCAUAACUCAGUGAAAGAUAUUUUAGGGCCUACUUUGAUGUAAAGCUUAUCGUGUACAGAAUAAGUGACUUCCUGUCCAUUCGCCAAAUUUUAUCAAAAUUUAACAAAAAAAAAAUAGAAAUCGGCCUAUCAAUUUUCUUACUUUAAGGAUAUUUUUGACUUUAAUACUUAAUUAUGAGCGUUUCUGUUAUUGGUUGUUUCAUAGUAUUAAUGUGUGGACUUAUGUUCUAUUUGCAAUUUUUGAACCGCCAUACGGGCACCCCGAGACCUAACGAGGGUGAGUGGGUUAACAAAAAAAUAGUAAGGUCACUAGAAAAGUUUUGAACAAAAAAAGUAUAUGAAGCAUUUUUUAGAACUUGUAUUUCCAUAGACUCUUUGGGUAAUACUAAUUUUCCUGUUAAAUCUACUUAUUAAAAAAGUAGAAUCAAACUUUGUAUGAAAUGAAAGUUUUUGUGAAGGAGCUAAGCGGGCUAUAGAUUCGCCUCAAUGUGUAGUGUCUUUCUCUAACAUGUAAGUAAGAGAGGGCCACUAAUAGAUGUCGGCUGCAUAUUGCAGUGACCAAAUAUGGCCUAUUUAGAAGGCCCUUUAUCCUCUAGUCCACUUUGUGAAGGUUAAAAAUCUGUUUUUUUUUGUGUAUUCAAAAAUGAAGUAAAUGGAAAAACAGUUUCAAAAUAUGUAUGUAACAGACCACCUUUUUUGUUUCAUUUGUAGAAUAGCAAAAGUUAUCUAGUGACGUAUGAGCGUCUUUAUUUUGAUUUUGACGCGUGCGACGAUUUUUACCCACAGUCAUGUUCAGUUACAUCCACACAGUUACGCGUGCAAAAAUAUCAGAACACGACUAAUCUUAUGGAUAUAAAAGCGUGUUCAGAUCGUUUUGCUCGUGUAGAUUUAACUGUAAAUUGACAGUUGACGGGUGCCCCUAGCUUGAGGCCUUUUUGUAGGUAUAUUUCGCUGUGGUAUAAUUAUAAAAUUAUGUUGAUUAUAAACUAAUAUAAUUAUAUCUUAUUCUUUAAUUACCUGUCACUCUAUAGGUACAUCAAUCAUACAAAAUAUUCAUUUUUACAUUAUGGUCUAUAGUUAAACCAGAUUUUUAUAAAAAAUAGAAAUAAAUUACUGACUUAAAAAUAUUAAUUUGACAUAAAUAAACAUGGACAUUUUAUACGAAUUUUAGGAAAAUUAUAUUUGUUUUAUUAUAAUUAGAUCUGAUUCGUUUAGUAAUUCGCUUUUCUACUUAUAAAUGUGUUAAGUCUAAAUUUAUAAAUUGUUAUUUUAAUCUGACAGAUUUGCGCAUAACUUCGUACAUAAAGUGACAAACAUAAAGGAUAUAUUUUUUUAAAGCGUGUCUUAUACGUUAAUGUCAUUACAAUUGUAUUAGAUGUUUUUGCGCCCUAUGUCUUACAAGGUAUUGAAAUUUUACAAUAUUGUCAAUGUAGAGUCUAAAAGCAGAAUAAAAUUAAUUUAUACGGACUGUAGUACUCCAUGUUGAAUCAAAUCUGUCAGGUUAAGAAUUGUAUGUUUAAGGUUUUGACAUCUACGUCAUUUUCGCCUUUAAAAUCCACAUGCAUCAAUUCUAAAUCAUUUCUAAUGUAUUACAUAAUUGGAGGACAAAAAUAAUUUUUUUAUUUGUCCAUUAUAAGCUAAGUACUUCACAUUUUUACAGUCUUUAGAGGAACGGUGACGAUCGAUUCUCCAUACAAACGUGGUCCUGAUUUUACUCCUGGAAGCCCUUUAUGGAGAAUAUUUUACAUUAUUCAGAUAUUUUGUAAUCAUAGUUAUACUCUGCCUUUCCGUUUUUUUCCACUGCUUGUAAUAACUAAAAUGUCUAAUGCAUAACUAUGAUUAAAAUAAAAUAAACUCGCAUCGAUGCGUCCCUAUCUCACUGACAAAUAGUGCGAAAAGGACGGCCUGAUUUUAUAUCGUUUAUCAUGCAACAGUGAUUGCCUGCCAGGUUAGUUCAUAUUUUAUAUAAUUAUAAUUUAAAUAUCCAGGGCACCUAGCCACGAUCACAAUCGUUUACGCUCCUCAUAUCGUUAUCGUAGCUCUAUCGCUAUUCCGUUUUGGCGCGACAGAGCCAGCUAAGGAUAUUAGCGUAAGCGACUGUGACUUUGGCAAGUUACCCAAGGAGAAAAAAUAUGGACGACGUUUAUAUUGACAAUUGCCUUAUUCAUAAACAUACACUAAAGUUAUCAAGCCGAUAAAGUUCGUUUGUCCCUUUCUAUCACACCAAUACGCCGGAAAGGGACAAAGGAACUUUAUCGGCUUGAUAACUUUAGAGCACGUUUAUGAAUAAGGGUCUUUACCAAUCUUAUUUACUUAUUAAAAUAUCUCUUUUCCAAUUAUAUAGUUCAUUAAAUCAUUAUUCAUUCAAAAUAUGUUUCACAUCAAUCCCACCUUGGACUCACUGUAUGUACAUAGGCUAAAUAACGAAUAAAUUAAAAAAAAAAGAUAAAAUUUAUAAAAAAUGUAGAUCUUAAUAAAGUCAAUAAAUACUUA